GACAAGUAAUAUGAAUGGUAUAAGAGACCCGCGUUCCCCACGAACAUGUGAAUGAUCAUACGACAACACCAAUCUGCCUUAUUUCCAUCUCAUCAUGGCCGCUGUCACCACCGCCUCUCAAGUCCCCUACCGGCAGAUACGUGCCCUUUAUGACGAGACUACCAUCACUGUCUACCAGGCUUACAAGGCCUCCAUAGCCGAUGCCGCUGUCAACACCCAGAGACUCAAUGCCUCUCCCGAUUUUAAACCCGGACGUAUGACCUGGGUCAAGCCCAGCUGGGCUUGGAUGAUGUACCGCGCGGGCUACUCCCACAAGGACCCUGGCCAGUCGCGCAUCCUCGCUCUCAAGAUGACACACGAACACUUCAUCGGCCUGCUUGAAAGAGGAGUUCUGUCCACCCACGUCCAGCGGAACCAAGCAGCAGACAGCAACGAGCAGAAGGUCCCCGGCGGAAAACGUCAAAAGUCCGGCGACGUGAGGAUCCAGUGGGACCCUGAGCGGACACCCAAACUCGGUGUGCUCCCAUAUCGCAGCAUCCAGAUUGGCAUUCCGGGCGCAUUGAGCGAGACGUGGGCCAAUGAGUGGAUUUACGAAGUCGAGGACGUGACGGAGACGGCCCGUGAGCUAAAGAGGGUCAUUGAUGAACAGCCAGGCAUUACAAUUGAGGAGCUGGUGAAGAUGGGUCUGGUUCCUGAUGAGAGGCCAUUUGAUGUGCCGGAAUCUGUGCUGAAGAAACUUGAAAUGACAGUACCUACUGCUUCGAUCGAGUCAUGAGGAUCGGCUUCCGACAUGGAAUUUAGCUUAUCGACGAUUCUUCAAUUAUCCCCGACAUGUUGUGGGGUUAAAUGUCACAUAAUGAUGUAUGUAUAUAGCGUAUUAGCCUCAAGGACAGG